AUGCCCCUCCUUCCAGCCGUGUUCGCCGGCCCCACCUCCCGCGUCCUCAUCCCCACUCCCCUCGCCACUCCCUCCCCGCAACUCCAGCCUGUCUCAACGAACCCUCCACUCUCCACCAGCAGCGCCAUUGCGCCACGGACGCCGAUAACGGCGUCAGACUCAAUUGAGGCGACGCAACCUGUCUCCUCUGGCCCCUCGGCGGCGACGUUCAGUGGCAUUGGCACCAGCGUCGUCGUCGUGGCCGUGGUGCUGAUCGUGCUCGGGCUCGUGCUGAUCGUGGCGAGCACGAUCUUUGCGCUGUACGUGCGCCGGGCCCACGCGCGCGGGUCGUCCGUGGGUCCCACUGGCCGGUGGUUGUUCGUCGGCAGCAGCACGGGCACCGGCAGCAGCAGCAGGGACGGCGGCGACGCGAGGUCGCUCGCGACCAGCAGCUGGCACGACGGCGGGCCCGGCGGACCCAGCACGCUGUGGCGCUUUUCGCAGACGACACCAUACUCGACGUCCAAGCUGUCGCUGCCCGACUGUCCCGUCUCCGCCACGAACAGCUGGCACGUCGAGAGCGUGUACCACGCGUCGUCGUCGUCGCCCGUGUGGCGGCCACUGCACUUUCGACAGGCCGGCGCCGGCGCAGGUGCGUACCCGGCGGACAAGGGCAAGAGCAGGCGGUCGUCGCCGUCGCCUCCGCCCGACUACAUCCCGUACACUGGCCCCAUUGCGCCUCCGGCCCUCCCGUUCCCUGCCAACCCGGACUGGCGGCAGCGGCCACUGCCAGACCUCCCGGACGAGGAGAAUGACGAGCUCAACCGCCUCGGACUCACCUUGUACGCGCGCAGUCCCCGCGCUCGCCGCGAGCGCGAGCGCGACCACGACCACAUGCCGCGCACGCACGCCGGUGUGGCCGUCAACAUUUCGUCUGUGCUGAGCGAAAUGUCCAUGUCCCAGUCGUCCAACCCGCACUCGCCCGUCAUCACCGCCAUGGCGUUCAACGCGCGCCGCAGCGUCCCGCACAUGUAUCAGGCGAUGGACGACUUGGAUUCCCCGCUCUCAACCUCGUUCCCGACUCACCCUCACCCUCACUCGCACACGCACAAUACCCCGCCGCUGCCCGUGCUGCCCCCGCUUGCGCACCUUGGCCGCAGCCGCUCGUGGCGCCGCCUCACCACCUCGCGCAAGUCGUCCCACGCCGCGUCGCAGCCGCACCGCGGCGUGCCCCGGCAGCCAACCGACAAGGACAAGAACAAGCACCAGACGCGGUCGUCGGCGUCGACGACGGUGAGCCUGCUCUCGCGCUCGUCCACGACCAAGUCGAGCAAGAGCGUGCGGUUCGCCAACAGCAGCAGCGGUGGCGGUGACAAGGACGACCUGGCCGCCGCGUACCCGUUUGCGGGGUUUGGCCCGUGUCCUGGCCUCGGUCUGGGUCCUCUCCCACUUCCUGGUGCAAGUGGUGCCGCUGUUCCUGCUCUUCCUGCUCUUCCUGCUCUUCCUGCUCUUCCCAGUCCCGCGCGUCCUAAUCUCGGCUCGACCAGGCCGCGUGUCUAG